AAGCCAAGCCGCCGCCGCCGGAUCCAGCAAUCCCCACCCCCAACCCCCACCCCCACCCAACAAGAGAUGGGGAUCGCCUCUCCAUCCUCGCCGCCGCCCGCCGUCGCCGCCGCCAACCAAGCUCGGCCGCCAGAUCCAUCAAUCCCCACCCCUCCCCACCCAACAGGAGGAGGCAUGGCGGCCGCCUCCGCCUCUCCUUCGUCGCCGCUGCCCGCCGCCGCCAGCCCGCGCCCGGUCUCCGCCGAGGAACAAGGAAGGAUGGUGGUCGCCUCUCCGCCGCCGCCGCCGCUGCCCGCCGCCAGUCCGCACCCGGACUACCCCGAGAUGAUUAAGCAGGCCAUGACGGAGCUAGGAGGCACCUGCGGCCGCAUCGCCAUCGCCGCCUUCAUCCUCGGCCGCUUCACCGGCUUCCCCGCCAACCACGACAAGCUCCUCAAAUCCCACCUCCGUCGCCUCGUCUCGGAAGGCGUCAUCCGCGGCUACGGAUCAAAAUUGAGAGCUUGCUACGUCUUCCCCCCCUCCAACACCGCAAGCCGUGGCCGGCCCCGCAAGUCCAACCUCCUCCUCCUCACCGCGCCUCCGGCCCUCCCCCUCCCCGCGCCGCCGCCGACCCACAAAGACGAUAUUUUGGAUCUCAUCAGUUUGGAUACAUCUGGAGGAUUACGUGGCCGGCCCCGCAAGGACGCACUCUUGCUGCCCGCGCCGCCCAAGGAUUUCUCGGAUCUCAGUUUGGUUCCAUCUGCAUCUCGAGGGCUACAGACUAGCAGUGAUUCUUACGACUCCAGUUCCAGUGAUUCUUACGACUCCGCUUCCAUUGAUGACGACUACAGUGGCGAUGAUGAUGAAUACACUCCCGCGCGUGCAUAUAGCCAUUCAUACAUGCUGCGAGCAAAGCGCAAGCGCAAGAGGGGGCGCGGCCGUUCCCUUAAGCUUCUGGUGUCAGCCAAUGCAGGUGCUUCCUCACUGACCAAGAAAGGCCGUGGGAGGCCAAGGAAGAAGCAGAAACUUGGCUCCUCACAAGCUGCUUUUCAGAAUGGACAAGGUGGUUUCUCGACGCCCAAGAGAGGCCGUGGGAGGCCGAGAAAGGACCUGUCAACCGGUGUCAAGAGAGGCCGUGGGAGGCCGAGAAAGGAUGCACAAGGGCUGUCAACCAGUGUCAAGAGAGGCCGUGGGAGACCAAGAAAGGAGGAGUCACAAGGAAUGUCAACGGGUGUCAAGAGUGGCCGUGGGAGGCCGAGAAAGGAGGAGUCAGAAGGAAUGUCAACGGGUCUCAAGAGUGGCCGUGGGAGGCCGAGAAAGGAGCCAGAAGAAAUGUCAACAGGUGUCACAGAAACAGACUCUUCUACAACUGCAUCAGACUCAGAGUCUGACUCUUCUCUUACUGGGUCAGACACAGAGUCAGGCUCUCCAAAUGUGUCGAGGUGGUUGAAGGAAGGGUUUGGGAAUCCAACAACAUUAGCGACGCCGCCAGCAGCAGUUAGGCCUGUGUCCAGGGGGCUGAAUAUAGGGUCUCUGAGGCCAACAAUAGAGAGGCCACCACCACCACCAAGGUCUGCUGGAACUGCUCUUGACACUGUCGCGUCCACGGGAAUGAAGAAACCUCUUGGGAGGCCAAGAAAGAAGAGAUCAUCAAAAGCAGUAUCUGCCGAAACUGGAGAUGGUGGGUCCACGGGGAUCAAGAAACUGCGUGGGAGGCCGAGAAAGGAGAGACCACUGGAAGCAAUGUCUGCUGAAGCUGGAGAUGCAGCGCCUGCUCCUGAAACUGGAAAUGCGACGCCUGCUCUUGAAACCGGAGAUGCAACAGCACCUGCUCCUGAAGCUGGAGAUGCAACUCCUGCUCCUGAAACCGGAGAUGCAACUCCUGCUCCUGAAACUGGAGAUGCGGUGCCUGCUGAAACUGGAGCACCAGCACCUGCUCCUGAAGCUGGUGAUGCAGUAGCUGCCCCUGAAACUAGAGAUGCAGCAGCCUCUGCACCUCAAGCUGGAGAUGCAGUGCCUGCUCCUGGAACUGGAGAUGCGGCGCCUGCUUCUGAAACAGCAGCACCUGCUCCUGAAGCUGGAGAUGCACCGCCUGCUCCUGAUGAAAAUGGAGCAGCAACGCCUGCCAAAACUGAAGAUGGUGGGUCGACGGGGAUCAAGAGACCGCGUGGGAGGCCAAGAAAGGAGAGGCCGCUAGAAGCAAUGUCUACGGAAACUGGAGAGGCAAUGCCUGCUCCUGAAACUGGAGACGCAGAGCCUGAUGAAAAUGGAGCAGCAACGCCUGCUGAAGCUGGAGAUGCUGCCUCAACUGGAUUCAAGAAACCGCGUGGGAGACCGAGAAAGGAGAAGCCAGCGUCAGCACUGUCUGCUGAAACUGGUGUUGCAGGGCCGGAUGAAACUGGAGAUUCAACCCCUGCUGAAACUGGGGAUGCUGCGCCGGCGGGGAUCAAGAGACCGCUUGGGAGGCCUAGAAAGGUGAAGCGUGGGAGGCCAAGAAAGGAGAAGCCAGAAGCAGCAAUGUAUGGUGAAACUGGAGAUGACCACUUGGGAGACCUAGAAAUGGAGAAGCCAACAGAAGCUAUAUUUGCUGAAACUGUAGAUGCAAGGUCUGCUGAAACGGGUGCAGCGAUGCCUGGUGAAAAAGCUGGAGAUUCUGCAUCGGCGGGGAUCAAGAAAGGGCGUGGGAGGCCAAGAAAGGAGAGGCCAGAGGCAGCAGUUUCUGCUGAAAGUGGAGACACUGCGUUGGCGGCGACGAGGCCAAGAAAGGAGAAGCGUGGGAGGCCAAGAAAGGAGAAGCGUGGGAGGCUAAGAAAGGAGAGGCCAGAGGGGGCAAUUUCUGCUGAAAGUGGAGACGCUGCGUUUUUGGCGGCGAGGCCAAGAAAGGAGAAGCGUGGGAGGCCAAGAAAGGAGAGGCCAGAGUGGGCAAUUUCUGCUGAAAGUGGAGAGGCUGAGAGGCCAAGAAAGGAGAAGCGCGGGAGGCCAAGAAAGGAGAGGCCACAGGCAGCAAUUUCUGGUGAAAGUGGAGAUGGUGCGUUGACAGAGGCGAGGCCUAGAAAGGAGAAGCGUGGGAGGCCAAGAAAGGAGAAACCAGCAUCAGAUGACACCAUGUCAAUGGGAAUCAAGGGUCCGCUUGAGACUCCAGGAUCAUAUGCAUUGUCUGCUGGAACUGGAAAAGCUGUGUCAACGGGAACCAAGAUUGCACUUGAGAGUCCAAGAACAGCGGAGAAGCCGUCAGCAGGCGACAUCGUGUCGAUGGUGAUGAGGAGGAGGCGUGCGAUGCCAAGGAGCGACCAGCCCUCUGAAGCUGGGCGCAUGAAAACCUCUGGUGGGAUUUUCGGAUACGUGCGAGAGUCCAGUGGUAAACUAGAGAAGGAGCCAGGGGAGGGGGUGAAAACACAGGCCAAAGAAGGCGUGAUGGCUGCUGCGGGUGGCGGUGAGGAAACUACUGGGGUUGCUGCAGAGAAGGGGAAAGCGGGUGGUGCUGCCGUUGAGGAAACUGGAGGUGCCACUGAAUCUUCUUCUAAUAAGCUGGGCCCUUGUGCUGCAGAGAAGGUAGCUAGUGCUCCUAAUGUGGAGGCUGUAGCAAGUGCAACCGAAUCUUGUAAUAAGAAUGGGGAAGAGAAUGUGAAGGAGGCUGUAGGAGGAGGUGCGACCGAAUCUGCAGCAGGGGAUGCUCCUGUGGACGGUGGAGAAGCUAAGCUGGGAUCUGCAGAUAGAUGUGUGGUUAGUUGAGCCGAGGUGAGCGCAAGGGAGGUAUCAUGAGAAGACAAUGGUGAUUUUCUGGGGCGCGAGGAACAAGAAGAUGAGUGCUGCUGCUGCACUGGGUUGGUUGGUUAGAAGAAGAAGAAUUGUUAUAAUUUAAUCAAUAAUAUGUAUGGUAACUGUAAUAGAGUGUGUUAAGUAGUUUUGUCCCUGUGAGAAGUAAUUUAUGGUAUGCUAUGGUUGGAUUAUUAUGUAUGAUUAUGCAUUAUUAGGGUAGGGGAGGGGAGGGGAUUAUGUUUGAUUCCUGGAGUCUGAACUGAACUGAAGUGAAGUGAAGUGGGUGUAUUUGUUAGUUGCUAAAUGAUUAUGAUGUUUGUCUGUG